AUGAAAUACAUUCUCAUUUCACUACUAAUAGUUCUUUCGUUGAAUGUUGGCAAAAUAGCUGCAUUCAAUGCAAGAUUUACCUUCAAUAGUUUCGUGCGAGAUCCUCCACCAGCUAGCAAUGUAACUGUUAAUGCGACAUGGGUAUUCAUUCGCGAAGUCAAUGUCACAUUGGUUAGAAUGACUAUUUCUAAUCUUCAGUCAUCACAAUACGCUGCGUUGGGUUUGGGACAAAAUCAGUCUAUGGGUGAAGCUCAUGUAUUUGUGUGUAAACGAUUUGCUAAUAAUAGCAUUGUCAUACAACGAUUCAUAAAUCCUGAAGGUCAUCAUCCACCAGUACCUGCUGGAUCCGAACAAGGUGGUGUGUUCACACCAUUGCCUUCGAAAUUUAUCGAUGGUAAUGUUAUCUGCCAAUUCAGUUUGUCUGAUUUUGCUCCUGAAACGCUAAAACAACUCGACACACUGAGACCACUUUCACCGACUGCUAAGUAUCAUCCACUCUUCGCUGUUGGAAGACUGAAUUCAACAGGCGAUGCGCAAUAUCAUAAUGGACGUGAACCUCAAAGUAGUCUUGUCCAAUUGAAUGAAAAUCAAAAUUUAAUGUUUCGAGAAAAUGCCACUAAGCCGUUCGCUGCUCAUUCAAUGACAAAAAACAAAAAGAACACGGGCAUAUUCCUACAUGAAUGA